GAAGCCCUGGACAAAGACAGCGACCACGACGACAACGACGCGAAUCCCGCAGGACACCGUCGAUUCACCACAUUGAAGUUUCUUCCCGAAACUUGCUCGUUGCCAGGAAGCUGCAGCAUCAUAUCGCCAUCGCUCCCACCACCCAAACUUAUUCUUACUUUCUUCAAGCUUCCUCACCGCGCACGCCAGACUUUCGCCGAAGAACACGACCUAGUCCAUCGCCAUGCUCUUAACAAUGUCAACCACACACCCACGGACAAAUGAGCUCUUAUCUAUACUUUCGGACUGGCACGUCCACAAGGCCGAAACGACAUUCCUCAAACGCCUCAGUAUGCGCGGCCUAGAAGUUAUCGCGCUGGCGGCAGCCAUGCUCUUCGUUCCACUUACCAUGCACUGCGGGGUACAAGGCUUAGACGAGAUAUACGAGUCACUGGGUCGAAGAGCGCAAUCACCGUAUGCGACGACCUCGUGGGUGAGCGUCGCUGCCGCUGCGACUAUGCUACUGGGAUGGCACAUCUGGCUCGGUCGACUGAGUUAUAGAACCGUUUUAGAAGCGGCAUCGAUACCUUUGGAUACCGUCAGUACCACGGAGGAGAAAGAGCAUCUGAGAGAGAAGAGGGUACAAGAAACACGGAUAUCGUGGGGUCGUAUACUCAGCCGCCUCGUCAUACCUUGUUUACUUCUUACACUGGGUUCGCACUUCCUGUUCGAGAUCUCCACGCGAUUCAAGGACCCGAGACCGCAGAUUACGCCGAAUACAGUCGAUAUGCAGGAAGCUAUAGGGCAGUUGUACGGGUUUCGAUAAGGAACCGUAGUUGAAGUCAGACAUUACAGUAGGAUUGGCUAGUAAGCUAGGAAGGAAGGUGGAGGCACGGCUUGCGACUUCCAGAAAACACCAAUGGACAUAUC